CGCUGAGAUUGUAAUGCAACGGAGACCAACCGCGCUCAGAUUAUGCCAUUUUAACUCUUCCUUCCAGAGCAUGCGGACCUGAGGACUUCAUAAACGGCAUUGGCACAGACGCAACGCCGCAUCACUCACACCGAAACCUCUUGUAGGCAGGAAUUGUAUUUUAUUCAGUCACUUCAGAUGGCAGAUCUUGAACAAGAAGGAGCAGCUUCUCCCCGAGCCCAGCAGCUCUUCUGAACGCGAGGGAUCGGAUCUGAGAAAGCGCAGGUGUGCCCGGGGUGUUUACAGCUGCCCUUGUGCUUCUAUCUAAAGGGGAUAGUAUCAGGAUUACCAGCAGAUGUAAACUGAAGGACACUUCUGAUAGGUACUGGUGAGGAAGAAGGGGGAAAAAGCUGCAAACUGUGAGAAUCGGGAGUUUGCGCGCAAGGCUCAACAUAUCACUGGAUUCUACAUUUAUACCUCAAGAAAAAUGUCAUCUCAGACGAAGAUUAAGAAGGACAAGGAGAUCAUAGCGGAGUAUGAAACGCAAGUGAAAGAGAUCCGUAAUCAGUUGGUGGAGCAGUUCAAGUGCCUGGAGCAGCAAUCAGAGGCUCGGAUCCAGCUGUUGCAGGACCUGCAGGAGUUUUUUCGGCGCAAAGCCGAGAUUCAACUGGAGUAUUCUCGCAGUCUGGAGAAACUGGCUGAAAGGUUCUCAUCAAAGGUUCGCGGCCCGAGGAAAGAACAACACCUUCUCUCUUCAGUAAACUGCUGGUAUCUGGUUUUGAACCAGACUCGAAGAGAAAGCAGAGAUCAUGCCACACUUAAUGAUAUCUACAUCAACAAUGUCAUCGUUCGCCUGGCUCAGAUCAGCGAGGAUGUCAUCCGGCUCUUCAAAAAGAGUAAAGAAAUUGGCAUUCAGAUGCACGAGGAGCUGGUGAAAGUGACAAACGAGCUGUACACUGUGAUGAAGACGUAUCAUAUGUAUCACACGGAGAGCAUCAGUGCAGAAAGCAAGCUGAAGGAGGCCGAGAAACAAGAGGAGAAACAGUUUAGCAAAUCUGGAGACCUCAACGUCAACCUCCUGCGCCAUGAGGACCGACCCCAGCGCCGCAGCUUGGUCAGGAAGAUUGAGAAGAUGAAGGAGAAGAGGCAAGCCAAGUACUCCGAGAACAAACUGAAAUGCACUAAAGCCCGCAACGACUAUUUAUUGAACCUGACAGCCACCAACGCCGUUGUGGCGAAAUAUUACAUCCACGAUGUUUCGGAUAUGAUUGAUUGCUGUGACCUCGGAUAUCAUGCUAGCUUGGCGCGCACAUUAAGGACGUAUCUGUCUGCUGAGUAUAACCUGGAGACCUCUCGCCAUGAGGGUCUGGACAUCAUUGAAAACGCUGUGGACAACCUGGACCCUCGCAGUGACAAGCAUAAAAUCAUGGACAUGUACAAUCAGGUCUUUUGCCCGCCCAUGCGCUUUGAGUUUCUGCCGCACAUGGGAGAUGAGGUGUGCCAGGUGAGCGCUCAGCAGCCCGUCCAGACUGAACUUCUGAUGCGUUACCACCAGCUGCAGUCCCGCUUGGCCACGCUCAAGAUUGAGAAUGAGGAGGUGCGCAAGACCCUGGAUGCCACCAUGCAGACCUUACAAGACAUGCUGACAGUGGAGGACUUUGAUGUAUCAGAUGCCUUCCAGCACAGCCGAUCCACGGAGUCCAUCAAAUCCGUGGCUUCCGAGAGUUACAUGAGCAAGUUAAACAUUGCUAAGAGACGAGCCAAUCAACAGGAGACAGAAGUCUUCUACUUCACUAAAUUCAAGGAGUACCUGAAUGGCAGUAACCUCAUCAUUAAGCUGCAGGCCAAGCAUGACCUGCUGAAACAGACUCUGGGGGAAGGAGAAAGAGCCGAAUGUGGAACUACAAGACCCCCAACCCUUCCCCCGAAACCACAGAAAUUGCGGAAACCAAGGCCUCGUUCCAUCUAUAACCAUAAGCUGUUUAACGGCAAUAUGGAGAGUUUCAUUAAGGAUUCAGGUCAACCCAUUCCUCUGGUGGUGGAGAGCUGUAUACGAUACAUUAAUCUAUAUGGGCUGCAACAGCAAGGCAUAUUCCGAGUUCCUGGAUCUCAGGUGGAAGUCAACGAUAUUAAAAAUUCAUUUGAAAGAGGUGAGGACCCACUGGUUGAUGAUCAGAGCGAUCGUGACAUCAACUCUGUGGCUGGUGUUCUCAAGCUGUAUUUCAGAGGUCUGGAGAACCCUCUGUUCCCCAAGGAGCGCUUCCUGGAUUUGAUCUCCACCAUCAAGCUUGAAUCAUCUGCGGAAAGAGCCCACCACAUCCAGCAGAUCAUCAUCACCCUUCCUCGUACCAUCAUCAUCGUCAUGAGAUACCUGUUUGCUUUUCUAAAUCAUCUGUCCCAGUACAGUGAUGAGAACAUGAUGGACCCAUAUAACCUUGCCAUCUGUUUUGGACCCACUCUGAUGCCCAUCCCGGAUGGUCAGGACCCUGUGGCCUGCCAGGCUCAUGUUAAUGAGGUCAUCAAGACCAUCAUCAUCCACCACGAGGUCAUCUUCCCCAACUUGCGUGAGCUGGACGGUCCUGUCUAUGAGAAAUGCAUGACUGGAGGAGAGGAGUACUGUGACAGCCCUCACAGUGAACCAGGCACCAUUGAUGAAGCGGACAACUGCACCGAACCACACACGAGCGAUGAUGAGGUGGAGCAGAUUGAAGCCAUUGCAAAAUUUGAUUACAUGGGUCGGACUCCUCGCGAGCUGUCCUUCAAAAAAGGCGCAUCCCUUUUGCUGUAUCAUCGCGCAUCUGAGGACUGGUGGGAGGGCCGACACAAUGGGGUUGACGGCCUCAUACCUCACCAGUACAUAGUAGUACAAGACUUGGAUGAUGCGUUCUCUGACAGUCUGAGUCAGAAGGCUGACAGCGAGGCCAGCAGUGGACCUUUACUGGACGAUAAAGCCUCAUCUAAAAACGAUCUGCAGUCCCCAUGUGAACCUUCACCUGAUUACAACUUUGUCGGGGUCAUGGGCCGGGUUAGGUUGCGUUCAGACGGGUCUGCCAUUCCUCGGCGCCGCAGUGGCACUGACUCUCACAGUCCUCCCCGAGACACACCGCCGCGGGCCGCUGCCUGUCCCAGCAGCCCCCACAAGGUGGUGGUCAGUAGGGGCCACAUAGAGAGUCCUGAGAAGAGGCGUUUGGGAACCUUUGGCAGUGCAGGCAGCAUUAACUACCCUGAGAGAAAGGUCUAUCCUGAGGGUCACCCACUCAGGCCUGUGCCAGGAGCAACAAGACACAGCAGCCUAGGAGACCACAAGUCCUUGGAGGCUGAGGCUUUAGCAGAGGAUAUUGAGAAGACAAUGAACACGGCACUUCAUGAGCUCCGUGAAUUGGAACGCCAAAACACAGCCAAACAAGCUCCUGACGUUGUUCUGGACACUUUAGAACCGCUCAAGAACCCUGUUAGCUCAGAGCCAGCGAGCCCCUUACACACCAUCAUGAUCCGAGAUCCGGAUGCGGCCCUGAGACGCAGCAGCAGCUCCACCUCCGAGAUGAUGACCACCUUUAAACCGGCUUUGUCGGCCAGAUUGGCCGGAGCCCAGCUCAGACCUCCACCUAUGAGACCUGUGCGACCCCCACCCACUCAGCACCGCUCCAGCAGCUCCAGCUCCUCUGGGGUGGGAAGCCCUGCUGUGACCCCCACAGAGAAGAUCUUUCCAAACAACGCGAGCAAUGCUGCAGCUUCCUCUGCCAACUCUGGUGAGAAACCCGGGACCAUGUAGCAGCAGCAGCAGACCUGUGGUGUGGUGUAGCUACCUGCGCUGGUGCUCAUACCAGGAAGGAAGUUCAGGAGUGCUUCUCAUUUGUUUUUGAAUUUAUUAUUUGAGCCUUUGAGAGUUGUUGAAAUGCACAUGGGUCGGAGCUGUGGCCUAGUGGUCUGACAUGUCAAACCUGGUUGCGGAUGAUGUGAGUUGAGACUGGCUCAGGUGAUUUUCCCAUUCCAUUCCAUUCUUCCCAUCAUUUCCGGCCCUCUCUGUGAAAAAAACAAAAAAUGUACAAAAAAAACCCCCUAAAAUACAAAGGAAAAAAGAAAAUUCCAAGGUGAAUUUCAUGCUAUGAUAAAAAGAAGGUUGAAAAAAAAAAAAGAUAAAUUCCUCUUUUUUAUUAUUAUUAUUAUUAAUUUUACCUCAGCAUUAAUAUCAAGUUGUUCUUUUUGGCCACAUUUUUAUGUGAACUUUAUUUAGAGCAAGAUUAAACGAGUGCUUUGCAUUUGUUUCUCUCUGCACUGGUUGGCCAGAAGAGUUCUGUUAUUCAGGAGUGAAUAAACUCUCAUUGGAGGACUGUUCUAAAAUAAGUGAUAAGUCUUGCCCUCCAGAACUGGACUGUACAUAAUAAUAGAACCAAACGGUCACUCAAAGACUGUCUAACACGGCCAGCUACCUUUGAGCUGUUGUAAAUAGAGAUAUAUUGUACUUGAACUUAUAAUGCCUUUCGUUUGUAGAAUAAGCGAUGUACAUCUAAGUAACAACAUAGCCAAGCGCUAAACAUAUAUGAGAUGCAGAAAACCAAUAUACCAACUAAUUGUAAGACACCUGUGGUAAAAUGUAGUUUUACUUGUAUAUAAAUUUUGGGUAGAUUCUUUUUUUAAGUGUCAAUCUUGUACAGCCGAGGACAGAACAGGCAGGGAGAAUAGAACGGCUUUUAUCAAAAACAUUUACAACCAAGAAGCAAACAAAUAAUGAAUCAAUAGUCUGAGCCAUUAAUAUUGAUAUUAGUUUGAGGCGUGCUCUACUUUUUUCUUCUCUGUGUUUUUUGGAUCACGUCAGCUUCCUAAUACAAAAAGCAGAUCAUCAUGCCUAAUUUACACAUGUAAAUGCUUCAUUAUAAAAUUGCAUGGCUUUAAGGCAUUCCAAUGUGCUCCAUGUUAUUGCAAGUGUCCAUCAUUUACCUAUUUCAAAUAGUCCUGCUUUGGACAUGUAUCCCAUAUAUACUAUGUCAACUGAUUAUAUGAAUAUUAAUACUUACUAAAAUAGCCAGAUGACACAUGGGCAACCCAAGUAAAAGGGUGAAUCGCACCAAAUGUACCCGGGACUUUCGAUGAGAAUUUAUCAAAAACAUUUGAUCAAUUGUAAUGACAAUAAUAUCAUAAAACAGCAAAUUCUAAAAACAGGACUCAUUUUCUUAUGCAAAAUAUAUUUUCAUAUUUUUGUUCUUUUGAUUUUAUGACGAUCUGGACAUAUUUUUGUGAGAUUCACCCAAAAGCUUGUGUAUGUCAAAUGUACUAUGCAAAGUACACCGUAUUCCCAGAUACAUUUUUAAAUGCAUAGUGCACUGUCUCUGGUGAGGUACAGAUCCCUCCUCCCGAUCUAAAUAUUAAAUGGCCUACACGAUAAUAACAUAAUACAAUAUAUAUAUAUACAAUAAUACAAAGAAAAUCCUAAAAUGACUAAUUUUCUUCUUCAAAAUACGAGAAACGUUUCCGCCGCUAGAACCCCUCCAAGAGAAACUCCACUGCCCCCAAUCUGUCAUAUCAUCUCCAGUUCAUCUUCAGUGUUACCCCUCCUCCCUGAGCUGUGCUUGAAAAGGGAAUACCCAGUCGUGUACACAAAUUUGCCCGACUGACCUAGAUAUCCACUUAAACACACUGAGCCCAAAGCUUUAAUCUCAUCUUCUUCACUGAUUUUACUUUUGCAGUUUGGCUUAGGGUAUGCCACUUCACACCAUCCAAUCAGAAUGGCAGUAUGUGAAAGCUUGUGUAGGGAAAAAAAUGAAUUACAUAAAAACGGUUCUCCUGAGAAAACAGUACUGUUACUGUUACUACAUUUGAUGUCAUGCUUGAGCUGUUGCAUCAUCUGUCUGCGUUAGUCUUACAUUUCUCGUUGGUGCCAUACUGAUUUACUCUUGCAUUUGGAGCAUAAAAAAUUGAAAAUCUCUUCUGAGACUCCAUGUACUGUUGCUGCCAUCUUGAAUUACUUUUAACAGAUGAUUUUAGAAUGACUGGUAAUUAGCUUCUGUCUGAAUUCCUCAGCUUUGUAGUAGCAUGGGCCUGUUGUCCGCAUGUGAGGGAGACCGUCUUGCACGUGCUUUUCUUUACCAAGCAGCACUGUUCAAGGAAUGAUAGCAGUGCCUUUCCCUAGAUACAACGCACAAUGUCCUAAAAUAUGUUAGCCUUCAGCCACAAGGGAGCGAUGGGAAACUGGCUCUGUAGCUGCGAGGAUUAGUCUCAUCUCAGGAAGGGAUUCUAAUUUUGUUUCUAAUAUCUCCUACCGUAUCACUUCCCAAUAGCCGUCAUUUUAACAUAUGCAUAAAGACUAAUUUGCUGUUACUAGGGCACAUAUCUAUUUCUGGAUGUUCAUUUGAAUUCAGUCAUGACAAUUCAGCAUAAUUAAACCUGGAUGGAUGAGGGCUUAAAUCUAUUUACAGUAAAGAAAACAUGCAGAAUAUCGCAAUGCAUAAUUCAUAAUUCAGUGUAUAAAACAGACCGUUUUGGGUCAUUCUUCUGUGAGUUGCACUAAAGGGUUCCCAAGUUCAUAGAAAACCUGGAAAUAUCAGGGAAUUAUAAAAUUGGGAUUUCCAGGCCUCGAAAGUCAAUUAUGUCGAUUUCUAUAGUAAAUACAGUUAUGAGUUUUCUUGUUUUUCUCAACUCAAAAAUAAUUAAA